CGCUUCCAUGCAACGCUUCGUGUGCCUCACUGCUGUGCUCGCGGCCGGCGCCAACGCGGCGGCGCAGCCCGCGUGGCAUGUGUGCCACCGCCAACACGAUUCGUGCGCGACCAAGAACUGGGUGUGCUGCGUCGGCCCCGACGAUCUUGUGAGCGGCAAGACGACGUGCCGCCCUUCGUGCGAAACGACGCCGCCACGCAUGAAGCCGACUCGUACGGAGGACUGCGACGGUGACGACGAUGACGACGACUCGGGGUCCGACGAGCCAAGUGACGAUGAGCCCUCGGACGAGCCUUCCGAUGAGCCUUCCGAUGAGCCUUCUGACGAGCCCAGCGAUGACCCGAGUGACGGACCCAGUGACGAGCCUUCUGACGAGCCUUCAGAUGAGCCCAGCGACGAACCCAGUGACGAACCCAGUGACGAGCCUUCUGACGAACCCAGCGAUGAGCCGAGUGAUGAGCCUACUGAAGAACCUUCCGACGAACCGAGUGAGGGACCCUCCGACUACCCCAGUGAUGAGCCCAGUGACGAGCCCAGUGAUGAGCCCAGUGACGAGCCUAGUGACGAGCCCAGUGACGAGCCUUCGGACGCGCCCAGUGACUACCCGUCCCAAGACCCCGCCGACGACUCGCUCGUGUGGUGCAACUACCUCGGCGGCAACGACAAGCCGAUUCCGCGACCGCUCAUCGACCAGAGCGCAUUGGAGAAGAAACUCGUUGUCUAAGAACGAUUCAUUUCUUAUAUAUAUUGAUAUUUAC